AUGGCUUUAGUAAAAAAAUUGCCAGAUGACGCAGUCUUUGAGAUUCUAACAAGAUCAUCCUUGGAAACUCUAGGGCGUUGCAGAUCGAUUUCAAAGGAGUGGAAUAGGGUCACAUACGAAUCAACCUUCCAUCAAUUGCUUUGCCAGAGGAGUAACAUAGUUUCUGGAUUUUUCAUUCAGAGCCUAGUUAACUCCCAACUCUCAUCCACAUUUGUGUCGCUGGACACUGAUGCCAGCUCCACUUCUGCACUGUCUUUGGAUUUUCUAAAAGUUCCUGUCCAGAUUGAAGCUGCAAAUCAAGGCCUACUAGUGUGUGUCAACCAGAACAACAGGUAUUUGGUAUGUAAGCCUACUACGAAACAAUGGGUAAAGAUACCGAAUCCGAAAACUAAGUACCCUACUGCAAGCACUGCCCUGCUGGUGUUGAAGUCAAAUCCUUUGAAGUACAAGAUUAUUCGAUUCUCGCAAGCAAAGAAACCUGUCAAGCGUAAAUCUGAAUUUUGGCGCCAUGUUAGGUGCGAGAUAUUUAAUUCAACAACAUGGGCAUGGAAGAGGUUAAAGGAUGUGAUUCUACCUUGUAAGACUUUCUUUGCGAAUAAAGAAGAUUCUGUUGUAGCAGCAAAUGGUGGUCUGCAUUGGCUUCUGUCAGAUAACCAAGUAUUUGCUUUCUAUGAAGAUGCAGAGAAUUGGGAAAUGUUCUCAUUGCCACCCUCCGCAGUCGAUAAUGGAGGUCACAAAUCCAAGCCACUACUUGCGGAGUACCAAGGUCGGCUUGCAGUGAUUCGAAGUGGAGAAGAAUUCAUGGACAUGUGGGUGAUGGAAGAUUAUGGCAGAAAGUUAUGGAGUGCGACGCGGGCAUGGAACAUCAAAAAACUCUGUGGAGAAGAAAUCUAUCCUUCUCCAUUAGCUUUCCAUAAUGGUGACGCUGCACUUUUUAUGGCAGCUUUUGACAAAGUCAUGUUUUAUAAUUUUCAGGAGGGAAAAUCUCAUAAAAUAAGAUUACAAUAUCACCCUCAUCAAAUUUUCAAGUUCCAGUCGGACAUGGAGGAGGUUAAUCUAGAGAGACCUGAUCGUGUUUUGAAACUUCAGGCGAAAUCAGAGGAGGUUAACAUGGAGAACCAUCCUGAAGAUAUCAGAGGUCUUACAAAGUUCCUGCUUCCACUUAAGGGUUUUAAACCCUAUUUGUUUCUCCUCUUAGCGCCUAUGCUUGGUGUCUUAUACAGGUGCUGUUCUGAUGCAUAA